CUCUUCGUCGUUCUACCUCGCGCAACAUGUCCGGCCGCGGUAAGACCGGCGGCAAGGCCCGCGCCAAGGCUAAGUCGCGCUCAUCGCGCGCCGGCCUCCAGUUUCCCGUAGGCCGCGUGCACCGGCUGCUGCGGAAGGGCCACUACGCCGAGCGGGUCGGCGCCGGCGCGCCGGUGUACCUGGCGGCGGUGCUCGAGUACCUCACCGCCGAGAUCCUGGAGCUGGCGGGCAACGCGGCCCGCGACAACAAGAAGACACGGAUCAUCCCGCGCCACCUGCAGCUGGCCAUCCGCAACGACGAGGAGCUCAACAAGCUACUGGGCGGCGUGACGAUCGCCCAGGGGGGCGUUCUGCCCAACAUCCAGGCCGUUCUGCUGCCCAAGAAGACCAGCGCCACCGUGGGGCCGAAGGCGCCGGCUGGCGGCAAGAAGGCCACGCAGGCCUCUCAGGAGUACUGAGGGGUGCC